AUGCGAGAGAGAAGCUUCGUCAAAUCAGAUCUUCUCAAGCAUGAUAGUUUUGACGAUGAUAGUGGUGAUAACAAUUUUGGUACAGGAGAGCUCGGUGGUGAGCAUGGUCCAAAAAUGACCGAAAAUUUUGUGAACUCUUCAGUUGGUGAUCACCACGAAGAGGACUUUAGAGCAAGAGGUUCCGAAAGAGCGAUGAACGAUGGAUGGGUGAGUCGUCCACGACGAAUCAGCGAUGGAACAAGAACGCAUUCGUUUUACAUCACCAUGUCGCUGCUAUUCUCAACGAUCUCCUCGAUCCAAUUGUUUCUUAUCAUUGUUUCUCUCUGCUAUCCUGAAUACCAUAUUGCAGCACCAUCACUUCGUUUUGUAGGGUGCUCUUCUUUCCGUGUAGAUAAUGCAAAACGUCACAGCACGUCAGUAAAGGCAACUGACCAGGAGGAACAUGAAGAAUGUGGCGUCGAUACCGUAGCCGCCGUCGAAUCGCAAUGA